AUGGCGCUCCUGCAGCAUAAAGCGAUUGCUGACUACGAGAAGCAACUCGAUGCCUUUCAAACCUUUCUAGAGAAGUUCGAAACCUCCAAGACGUCCUCAGAUUCAGCUACUGAAACAAUCAAUAACCUGAACCUCGAUGGCGACCACACAAGCGACGAGUAUGAUUUUAUGGACGACCUUGCAGACGAAGAUGACAGCCGGACCAGGAGGCGACCCAAAAGGAAGUACAUGGAAAUGCUCCAAGAGGUUGCAGAUCGCGAGCGACAAAACAUUGUAAUAGAGCUGGAUGAUUUGAAAGAGUUUGAAGAGUCGUUGAGUGACGAGGUCAACCUGAGACUCGUCGAGUCUGUUACAAACAAUACGAAGCACUACGUUGAUUUAUUUGCGGACGCGGUGGACAAGAUAAUGCCCAAGCCAAGCAAAGAGAUAUCAUUUAAGGACGAUGUUCUCGACAUCAUCAUGGCGCAGAGAGCCAAACGAAACGAGACUGUGGCGUCUGUCGCCGAAGCAGAUGCAGAAGCUGCCAUCCCAGUGUCUACAUUUCCGCCAGAAUUGACCAGAAGGUACACCUUGAACUUCAAACCUGUAACGCCUACAGGUGCCGAUGUCGCGAAAAAGACGCUGGCCGUGCGACAAGUACGGGGGGAACACCUGGGUCACUUGAUCACUGUGCGCGGCAUCACCACACGAGUAUCGGAUGUUAAGCCCAGCAUACGAAUUCAAGCUUACACCUGUGAUCGUUGCGGCUCAGAAAUCUUUCAGCCGGUAUAUUCCAAACAAUUCACCCCCUUGCAAAUGUGCCCGUCAGAGGAAUGCAAGCAGAACGACUCCAAGGGUCAGCUAUUCCCAUCAACCCGCGCCUCAAAAUUCCUACCAUUCCAGGAAGUCAAAAUCCAAGAGAUGGCAGACCAGGUUCCUGUUGGCCACAUCCCAAGGACGCUGACUAUCCACUGCAAUGGGAGUCUAGCGCGACAGCUAAAUCCUGGCGAUGUUGUUGACAUUGAUGGCAUUUUCCUGCCCACUCCAUACACCGGGUUCCGAGCUAUUCGGGCUGGUCUGUUGACGGAUACCUAUCUUGAAGCACAGCAUAUCACACAACACAAAAAGGCUUAUCAAGAUUUGAAGACGGAUCCGCGCAUUAUCCGAAAGAUCGAAUCCUACAAAGCGUCUGGACACAUGUACGAAUACCUCGCUCGUUCCAUUGCGCCAGAAAUCUACGGGCAUCUUGAUGUUAAGAAGGCACUCCUUCUUCUCCUCAUUGGCGGCGUGACCAAGGAAAUGGGUGACGGAAUGCGCAUCCGUGGAGAUAUCAAUGUCUGCUUGAUGGGUGACCCUGGUGUGGCCAAGUCUCAGUUACUCAAAUACAUCACCAAAGUCGCCCCCCGAGGCGUAUAUACGACGGGUCGUGGAUCCAGUGGUGUCGGUCUGACCGCUGCGGUGAUGCGUGACCCUGUCACCGACGAGAUGGUUCUGGAAGGUGGUGCACUCGUCCUAGCAGAUAACGGGAUCUGCUGUAUCGACGAGUUCGACAAGAUGGACGACGGAGACAGGACUGCCAUCCACGAAGUCAUGGAACAACAGACUAUCUCGAUCAGCAAGGCCGGCAUCACUACCACCCUCAACGCAAGAACGUCGAUCCUGGCAGCAGCUAACCCGCUCUAUGGCCGGUAUAACCCUCGGAUCUCGCCUGUGGACAACAUCAACCUCCCUGCUGCCCUACUUUCUCGAUUUGACAUUCUUUUCCUGAUCCUCGAUACACCCUCCCGGGAAGCAGAUGAGGAGCUCGCUCAGCAUGUCUGCCACGUGCACAUGCACAAUCGGCAUCCGGAACGCGAAGGGGAAGGUGUGGUCUUCUCGCCUCACGAAGUCAGACAGUAUAUCGCCCAGGCACGGACAUUCAGACCCAAUGUACCGAAGUCCGUGAGUGAUUAUAUGGUAGGUGCAUAUGUUCGCAUGCGCCAACAACAAAAGCGUGAUGAAGGGUCUAAAAAGCAAUUUACCCACACGUCGCCACGUACUUUACUGGGCGUCUUGCGCUUGUCGCAGGCACUGGCUCGACUGAGGUUCAGCAACGAGGUGGUGAAUGAGGACGUUGACGAAGCACUACGUCUGAUCGAGGUGUCCAAGGCCAGUUUGUACACUGAUCAGCGCUCGCACGGUGAUCAGACUGUGAGCUCCAAGAUAUACGACCUGAUUCGCGGCAUUAGGGAAUCGGGAGCGGCGAGUGUUGGUCGGGGUGCGAGGGGAGAGCUGAAUCUCGGGCGAGUCAGGGAGCUGGUUACUGCGAAAGGAUUUACGAGUGACCAAUUCCUCCGAACGCUGGAGGAGUACGAAUUGUUGGAUGUCUGGCAAAUUGCCAAUAAUGGAACUCGGCUGGUAUGGAUCGAAGCCGGGGACAGCGACGAAGAUAACGACGAGGACAUGGGUGAUGCAGACGACGACUGA